UUAUAAGGUACUUUUCAUUACGAAGGAAUUCUUACCCAGGAGUGAGUUGUGAUGUCGUUGUUCAAGAUCCGGGACUGGUGGUCCACUACAGUGGGAGAAGAUGAAGAGUUUGACCAGGGAUGUCUGUGUGUGGCAAACAUUGACAACAGCAGUGAUGGCAUAGAUAAGAUCAUUUUGGGCAGUUACAAUGGCAUUCUACGGAUCUUCAAUCCAAGUCCAACAAAAGGCGAGUCAGGAUGGAGCGGGUAUAAGGCCGAGGAUGUUAUGCUGGAACAUGCGUUCCCCAACCCAAUACUCCAGGUGGAGGCGGGCAAGUUCUCAUCUGGAUCUGAAAAUCUGACAUUAGCCAUUCUCCAUCCAAGAAAGAUAUCAGUGCUUGGUGUGUCAGCAAUCUCUGGCAGUGUUGGACACGGGAGCCAUUAUCAGAUACAGCUACUGUAUGAACACAGUCUACAGAGGACGGCUUUCAACUUCUGUUUUGGGCCGUUUGGUGGAGUAAAGGGACGUGAUUUUCUGUGUGUGCAAUCAAUGGAUGGAACGGUAUCAAUCUUUGAGCAAGAGAGUUUUGCAUUCAGCCGCUUCCUCCCUGGCGCCUUGUUGCCAGGACCUAUCAAGUACAUCUCUCGCACAGACAGCUUCAUCACUGUGUCCUCCAUGAGACAGGUGGAGAGCUACAAGUACCAGGUGCUGGCUGUGGCAAGUGACUCCAGCAGCAAGGAGGAGUCUCAGAACCUCAAGUCUGGCAAGAAAGUUGCAAUGGACUGGGCUUUCAACAUUGGAGAGCAGGCUAUUGACAUAUCUGUGAUAUCAUUCCAGCAAGCUCCACCAUGUGUGAUGGUGCUAGGGGAAAGGAAUUUGUUCUGUCUGACAGACAAUGGAAAGUUGCGCUACAUGAAGAAGUUUGAAUUUGAUCCAGCUUGUUUUGUGCCUUACACCUCAAUAACAGAAGGGACCAUCAGCUACAUUGUGGGAACACAUACCUCGUCUCUGAUGAUCUACCAAGAUGUCACCCUCAAGUGGGCAGCCAAGAUGGAGCACAUGCCUGUUCAUGUAUGUACAGGAAACAUGAAAGAUUUGAAGGGUGUGGUGGUGUCCCUCAGUGACUCGGGGCGGCUGGAAUGUGGGUACCUGGGGACAGAUCCUGCAAUAUUUGUCCCUCCCACAGUGGAGGCGAGAGAAAUUAACUAUGCCGACAUGGAUGUAGAGAUGAGGAGAUUACAAAAGAAAAUCAAAGAUAAUGCUCAUAAAUCUGUGAUAGUGCCAAACCUGAAGACAGAUGAUGACCUCACUAUAACCGUCCAUGUAAAUCCAGCCUUAGAUGACUCCUCGAUGGCGACAGGGAUGGAGAUUGAAAAUGAAGACAUUGUGCCUUCCAUAACAGCAAGAAUCCAGCUGAAAUCUCGACUUCUCUUAGAUAACAUUAGAAUGCAGAUUCACACUAACUGGCCCCUAGCUGCCAACCAAACAUCUUUCACAGUUCCUUCAGUGGACCCCAAUAAACCUACAGAGUGUUUCUGUGCCUUCUUCAUGCGAGGUGCUGGCCUUCCUGCCAACCUCUCUGCAGAAGUAUCAGCCAGAUACACCAGCGCCUCAGGGGCACCACGAGUCAGCACAGCUAAGCUGAAGCUGCCCUUCAACCUGGUUGUGAAGCCAGUGUUCCCGGUCAAAGUUGCUGUCCACAAGUUGACAAUAGACACCAACAAGCCACCUGUCAAUCUCAAUGAACUUUUCCCAGAUCUGCUAGGAGAGAAUGCAGGAGGACAGGGGGCUGCUCUUGGCUUCCAGUUCUAUGGAGGACCUGUUGUUACUGUUCUUGCCUCAAAAACAUCACAACGAUACAGAUUACAGUGUGACCAAAUUGAAGCGCUAUGGCUGCCAAUGAGGGAGUUAGCUGGUCGACUUAGCAACCACUUUAAUCGUGCCAAAGACUUUAAGGUUUUCUUUGAUGGAGCUUUGCCGCUUCAGGAGUACUUUAAUUUGGUGGAUGUUCACUUUGAGUUUCGGUUGAGUGCUGAGAAAUGUAAGGAGGUUCUGGAGCAGAGAGCUCAGCAGUUCCGGAUGAUUCAGAAGAGACUGCUCACCAAGUUCAAGGACAAAACACCAUCACCACUACAGAACCUGGACACUCUCUUGGAGGGGACUUUCAGACAGAUCAUGGCUUUAGCAGACGGUGUGGAGGAGAACAGACGGGCCCAGGAGGUAGCAGCCACAAACCUCAGCUCAGCUACACACUUGCUCAACUUCCUCAUCAAGAUCUGGACAGACAUGACAGAUGAUGAAUUCCAGGUCUUAGAGUCAGCAAUAUCCCCCAUAGUGAAUGAUAGCGAACAACAGGGAUGGCAGGAGAUGGUAGAUGCAGCAGUGACGCAUCUGCUGCGGACAGCUCUGGCAAAGUCAGCAAAGGACCAGACAGUGAACCCUUCCCCACUCACUGUACCACAGGACACAACCAAAGUGAAGAAACACAUAGCACUACUCUGUGAUAGACUUGGGAAAGGUGCACGACUUAUUGAAGGGUUGGCAGACCGGAAAGAGCGGAAAAUUAAGCUGCCUCCAUCAAACAAGAGCAUAACAGAAAAUGGAGAUACAGAUUCCUUGAUAGGCGACACAUCUGUACUGGACUCUGUUGUCAACACCAAGUACAAAGACAAGAAGAAGAAGAGGAAGCACAAGCGAGAUGCACCGAUGCAAAAUGGCCGGACACUCAAUGAUCUAGAGCCGAUGGGACUGCCAGCCAUGGACAAACCUGAUGCAGGCAUGUCUGACAGCAAGAAACAACAACACAUUGAAGACAUGGUGCCUGACCUGGGAGAUAUGGAUGGACCAAACAUCAGCAAUGGCAAUGACAGCAAUGAGGUCGUCUAUGCUUUGUGAAGAUUUCAACUGUGAUAGAUGUGGAUGCUUGACUUCACCUCAAAGAAUAUGUGCCAAGAUAGGAAGUGUCCACACAAAGAGCAGAAUGGUUAUAGUGACAGCUUAUGAUCUCAUCAGAUUAUUGUGAUAGAGUGGAUGGUUUGUGAUGAAGAUUUUGUCCUGUGGCCACAUUAUUUCAUUAACCACAAACCUAACCAAGUCUGUUUUACUGAAAGCUUGCAUGUGGUUUCCUUACUAGACUGGAAAAAAUGUAAUAUGUGCUGAUAUUAAAAGUACAACUUGUGCAUUCAUCGCAUAUUAGAAAUCCAAUGCCACUUGCCCAGUUAUUAAGUGAACUGACAUUAAAGGACUUGAUUUUCAAACUGGUGAGCACAGUUUUAGAAAAUCUUUCCACCUUAGCAGGACAAGGAUUUGAAAAUGUUAGCCAUUUGUAUAAAUCUAUGUCUUAGUAUGCAAGAUUUGCAUCUGUGGGUACCCAGGAGCUUUGUGGUAUCUGGAUACACAGCUUCUCCUUGUAGCAAUAAAGCACAUCUCAAUUUCAUGGCAUUGUAAAAUGGCAAUACACAUGAAAUUCAAAUCUGUACUAUUUUUACAGAUAAUCAUUUUAGAGGUGAACAGGACAUUGUUAUAGUCUUAUGUGGUGCACUUCAUGUAGAUCUUCUAAAUGAAAGUCUCAAAUAUUUGUUAUUCAUUUGCUGCAAUGAUCAUGUUUAAUAUAUUGGCAGGACCAAACUUGAAACUUGAGGUAAUCAAUAAUCUGUUUGUGACUUCAAUAGUUCUUGGAGAUAUGGACCCAUUUUUUCAUGUAUACAUGGGUUUUUUUAAAAAUACUAGAAUAUAAUAAUGAUUACUACUCCGAUAAGGAUAAAUGGCCUACUGUCAGCUUGUGAUCAUGAUGCCCUGUAAAUUCAAGAUGAUUAGAUCAGUAAUGAUGUAAAAACAGGAAAUAAAAUUCAAAUUUGAUUGAUAGAUAUAUAAAAGGUUCAUUAUUUCAAACUCCUUUAUCUUAAUCAGUCUUUUUAAAGAGCAUUGAAAUUGGACCAUCAUCGUUAGCAAUGUCAUUACUCUGAGAAAGAAGCAUUGAUGAUUUCACCGACAUUUUCUUUAUAACAAGCUGUGUAAUUUAUCACAUGCCAAGAUUCUGAUCUGAAUCUUGCUACAGAGAUAUCCGUCCAGAAUUUGAGUACAUUACAUGUUCAUACCAUACUGAUGUGGGUUUUAAGUUACUAAUGUUCUCAUUGUGCUCGUUGAUUUUGUAUUUUUUCUAAAGGUGAUGUUAGAAGAUAAUGACAAUGUUAUCUUUAUGAUAUUUUGGAUCCAAUUACACAAUGUAUAUGAUUUGUUUGAAUAUUUUUGCUGUCACAAAACUCACCUUUUAUAGGUUCCUUUUUGUACUAUGAAAUGGUUUUUGCUAUUUUGAGGGUUUUUUAAAAUUAUUUUGUAGACUCUCAUUCCUCUAUGUUCUGCUACAAAUUGCUAAUGGCUAUGACACGUGUAUAUAUUGAUCACUGGAUGUACAUUUUGUACAUGUCACAAUUUUAUUAUAUUUAAAGUUGGAGUGUAUUUUCAUAUGUCAUUUAUUGCUGUCGGUUGUAAAAUCUUGUAAAUACGGUACAUUUUGUGUGUAUUUUUGUGUCAGAAAUGUUUAUGAACGGAGCUUACUUGUAAACAGAUGGUGAAGCAGGGUCUAUGAUGGAACAUUUGUUUCAGAUGACUGGUUGUUGAUGAACAUGUCUGUAGGUCUUCAGAUGUUUGUGAUGCUUGUAUCCAGUCCCACAUCCACACUAUCAAAUGUCUUAUACCAAGUCCUCUGAUCAUAUUUCGUUUAUGCAACCAACAUCACUAUUGGUGACUGGUUUGAAUACAUUCUAACUUUGGUUUAUUCAAGUUCAAGGUCACCAGACUACAUCCUGUGCAUUUUCAAAUGUCUGUUAUAAAGAAUCUCCACAUUUUGGUAAUACGUGUAAUACUUUCAAAUGUUUCAUGCCAUUUUAUGUGUUCCUUAUUAAGUGCAUAAUCUGUGACAGUGCAAUGAGUAUUGCUCUGAUUAUGAUCGGGAUAAAUAUUAUGAAUAUUUUAUCAUAACUUUUCUCUUUAUCAAAGAUGAAAUAGUUUUGGAAUUGUGCAUAAGAAUCAUAUGUAACUUUCUUAAGUUGAACAUUGGAUGGAGGUGUUAUAUAUUUUCCAUAAGUUCCUAUUGAUAGUCAUGAACUAUGUAUGUUAGUAUGUCAUGUAUUGUUCACAAGUGUGCAGUUUGUCUUUGCACAUGCAACAGUUGUGUAUAACUUCUUUGAGUGGCAUUUUAGAAUUUGGGAAGUACAAUAUGAACAAACUUUAUGGAUUACAACUUCUUAUAUUUUGUGACUGUGACGUUUAGAUACAGAUUCUUGUACGGCUGUCAAGCAGAAAUGACAAGGGUACAAGAAUCAGUAUCAAAAUGUCGCACUCACAAAAUAAAAAGUUAAUAUCCAUAAAGUUUGUUCAUAGAGAAGUAGUGUAGUAUUUUCCACAGAAAUACUGGUGUUUGGUUUGUUAACCUACACAAUCUAAGGCAAACGUCUGUGAAAUGAUAGAACAGAUUUCAGUUUCUGAUUUACUUUUACAAAGAAAUAGAAUUACAAGAAAGGUUAUACUUACAGAAAAGUAUUUUAAGAGUGAGUAGGUAUAUUGUUGCUUUGAACAGAAUUAUGGUUGUAUCACAGGCUCAACUUUAUGUUUAGGAGAGGCCAACAGAUCUUUCAAAAUACAUUCAAAUGUUUGUGUUAUGCCUUACCAAUCAGUAUUUAAAAACAACAGUAAAUAUACAGUGCAUCACAAACGCAUUGAUGUUAGGGGAGUUAGUUAAUGUGAUACAAUACAAUAGGAUUGAAGUUACCUGGGUAGGAGUGAAUGUAAGUAUGUCUUUAUGACGCAAGUAUCUUCCCAGUUUCGGUUUAAGGUGCCAGUUAUAUUCUCUGAAAAAUGAUACGACAGAUGACAUCAGUCUAUUGUUUGGCCACUUAAGCAACUUUAUUGCUUAAUUGUAAAUUACGACCUAACCAGGCUUGUUUAUGUGACAAAAUACUGUGUUGGUAAUGCAAGUCCUAAAAGAGUAUGUUUGCAUAUUGCAACAUGUGUAUGUACACUUGUGCAGAACUGUGAAUGAUGUAUCAGAAUAUGUUCAUGUUUGUGUGAAGACAGUUAUCUGGUUGUUGUUUUUUAAACAAACAGAAUGUAACAAACAGUUAUGUUAUGUCUGUGGUAAGAAACAGGUUAUUUUGUUAUCCAACGGCAAGAAAAAUGAGUUCCCAAAGGAUUAUGCCACACUGAAAUACCAGGUCUGGGAAUCUGUGAAGUAAAUACAUGUAUGCGGUAAUUUUAGAAACCAGCUGAGGUUUUAUAUGGAUCUUCAUAGAUAUAUGAAUGUGCUAUGUAUAGAUGGCAUCUAAAUUAUAGAUUAUAACGCUGCUAUUACAAUCACACAUUUAUGAAACUAUUGCCUUUGCAGAAAGGUCACAAUGAAGUUACAUCUGUGGAUCAUAUCCGGUUGUCUGUCAUAUAUGGGCUGACAGUGAUAUUGCUAUAUUCUGUCCCACAAUGUCUUCACCUAAAGAUAAUCUUAUUCAGUCCUAUGUUUAAAGAAAAUAUUUAUUUUGAAUUGUUCUACAUGUAGAUAUCAUAACGAAUGUUAUGUGUGACUUCUGCCGUCCAUCACUUGAACGUCUGUCCAUAACUUCAGGACAUUUUGUUCAUGUACUGAAUAAAACUGUUAUACACA